AUGAUCUCAUGCCGCCCCGAUGCUGGGGAAAUAAAACCAGGGGGAGAGACACACUGCGUCCUCUUCACGUCUUUCAACCUCAUAAUGGCUUCUCUUCUACGACCUUGCCGCAUACCGCGGGUAUGUACCCGCAGCUACUCAACCGCUCCCUCCGCCUCAACACGCCUCAACCUCCCAAUCGACUAUAAAUCCACUCCGCUCCUCCACCACAACUCGUCCUCGCUCUCGAAUGCUUAUGAUCUUCCCGGUUCCAGCACGUCAAAAUCCAUGAACCUAUACACAGCCAUCAACGCUGCACUCCGCACCGCCCUUACAAAAUCAAACAAGGUCAUGCUCUUCGGCGAAGAUGUCGCCUUCGGCGGUGUGUUUCGGUGCUCGAUGGAUCUGCAAACCGAGUUCGGAUCGGAAAGGGUCUUCAACACCCCACUCACAGAACAAGGCAUUGUGGGUUUUGCAAUCGGUGCUGCUGCUGAGGGUAUGAAGCCCGUCGCGGAGAUCCAGUUUGCGGACUAUGUCUUCCCAGCUUUUGACCAGAUUGUCAAUGAGGCUGCCAAGUUUAGGUAUCGAGAGGGUGCGACUGGGGGAAAUGCUGGUGGACUGGUGAUACGAAUGCCUUGUGGCGCGGUUGGGCAUGGUGCCUUGUAUCAUUCGCAAUCACCCGAAGCGCUGUUCGCUCACAUUCCUGGUCUACAGGUCGUCAUGCCCCGUUCUCCUUCGCAAGCUAAAGGCCUACUCCUGUCUGCCAUCUUCGAAAGUAAUAACCCCGUUGUCUUCAUGGAACCAAAAGUCUUGUACAGGGCCGCUGUGGAGCACGUUCCAAAUGAGUACUACACAAUCCCACUGAACAAAGCGGAGGUCAUCAAGCCCGGAAACGACGUGACGAUUAUCUCGUAUGGCCAGCCACUAUACCUCUGCUCUGCAGCCAUUGCUGCCGCAGAAAAGGCGCUAGGUGCCAGCGUUGAGCUGAUCGACCUGCGAACAAUCUACCCAUGGGAUAGACAAACUGUCCUUGAUAGCGUGAAGAAGACCGGCCGGGCGAUUGUGGUUCACGAGAGCAUGAUAAACUUCGGAGUUGGCGCUGAAGUGGCCGCAACGAUCCAGGAUGGGGCAUUCUUACGGCUGGAAGCGCCAGUCAAGCGGGUCGCUGGUUGGAGUACCCAUACCGGGUUGAUGUACGAGAAGUUCAUCCUACCGGAUGUUGCUAGUGAGUACUUUCCAGUGAUAGCUGAGUAUACUCUACUAACGUGCAAUAGGGAUAUAUGA